GAGGCGCUCCCUGCUUCCCCGAAGUCCGGUACCGGGGCAGCAGCUCGGGCAUACCUGGCCGAACGCGGAAGAGAGCAGCUGAGCAGCCAUGGAACAUCGCGGGCUGGGGUGGCCGAGGCUCCCCAGGCUGCUGGAGCUGCUGGCGGCGCUGGCGGUGCAGGCAGUGCGCGCCUCCGCCGUCGCCGCUGCCUCGCCGGACCUGAGUCUUUGGCCCAUGCCUCUCUCCGUGCAGACCACCCCGCGCGUGCUGCACCUCUCUCCCGACAACUUCUUCUUCGGCCACAGCUCCACUUCCAAGGCCGGCCCCUCCUGCUCACUGCUGCAGGAAGCGUUUCGGCGAUAUUAUGACUAUAUUUUUGGUUUCUACAAGCGGCAUCAUGGCUCUGCUGAUCUUCGUGUUGGAGUGGAGUUGCAGCAACUUCAAGUCUCGGUUGUCCUGGACCCAGAGUGUGACACUUUCCCCAAGAUCUCUUCGGAUGAGUCCUAUACUUUACUUGUGAAAGGACCAGUGGCCUCGCUCACUGCCAACAGAGUUUGGGGAGUAUUACGAGGUUUAGAGACCUUUAGCCAGUUAAUUUAUCAAGAUUUUUAUGGGACUUUCACUGUCAAUGAAUCCAACAUUGUAGAUUCUCCAAGGUUUCCUCAUAGAGGAAUUUUAAUUGAUACAUCCAGACACUUUCUGUCCAUUAAGAGUAUUUUUAAAACUCUGGAUGCCAUGGCUUUUAAUAAGUUUAAUGUUCUCCACUGGCACAUAGUAGAUGACCCGUCUUUCCCUUAUCAGAGCAUCACUUUUCCUGGAUUAAGCCAAAAAGGAAGCUAUUCUUCGUCUCAUGUUUAUACUCCAAACGAUGUCCGUAUGGUGAUUGAAUAUGCCCGAUUACGAGGGAUUCGGAUCUUGCCAGAAUUUGAUAGCCCUGGACAUACGCAGUCUUGGGGAGAAGGCCAGAAAGACCUCCUGACUCCAUGUUAUAAUGGAAAAGAUCCAUCUGGGGCUUUUGGACCUAUAAACCCUAUUUGGAAUACAACUUACAGCUUCCUGUCUAAAUUUUUCAAAGAAAUUAGUACCGUGUUUCCGGAUGAAUUCAUUCAUUUGGGAGGAGAUGAAGUAGAUUUUGAUUGUUGGGCAUCCAAUCCAGAAAUCCAGGAUUUCAUGAGGGACAAAGGCUUUGGCAGAAAUUUUAAGAAACUAGAAUCUUUCUAUAUGCAAGCGGUUUUGGAUAUGAUUUCAGCCAUAAACAAGAGCUCCAUAGUCUGGCAAGAAGUUUUUGAUGAUGCAGGCAAGCUCACGCCAGGCACAGUAAUUCAAGUGUGGAAAGUGGAGGACUAUACUCAGGAACAAAGUAAAGUUACAGAAGCUGGCUUCCCUGUGAUCCUUUCUGCUCCUUGGUACUUAGACUGGAUCAGUUAUGGACAAGACUGGAAAAAAUACUAUGCCGUGGACCCUCUUAGUUUUGAGGGGUCUCAGGAACAGAAAAAACUUGUCAUUGGUGGAGAAGCUUGUCUAUGGGGAGAGUAUGUGGAUGCAACUAACCUUACUCCAAGAUUAUGGCCUCGAGCAAGUGCUGUUGGUGAGAGACUCUGGAGUCACAAAGACGUCAGAGGCCUAGAGGAUGCCUACAGGAGACUAACAGUUCACCGCUGCAGAAUGCUCAGGUGGCAGUGGGGGUAAGAAUCCGCUUGCCAAUGCAGGGGACAUGGGUUCAAGCCCUGGUCAGGGAAGAUCCCACAUGCCGCGGAGCAACUAAGCCCAUGUGCCACAACUACUGAGCCCUCGAGCCACAACUACUGAGUCCUCAAGCCACAACUACUGAGCCCACAUGCCACAACUACUGAAGCUCAUGCACCUAGAGCCCAUGCUCCGCAACAAAGAGAAGCCACAGCAAUGAGAAGCCCGCGCACUGCAACGAAGAGUAGCCCCCACUCGCUGCAACUAGAGAAAGCCCGCACGCAGCAACGAAGACCCAACAGAGCUAAAAAUAAAUAAAUAGGUAAAUUUAUUAAAAAAAACUUUUUUCAAUUGUGAGUUCAUAUUCCUUUGUGGGAUUUUCUUUGAGGCCUGGAUUGAGGAUACAUUUAUCUAAAGAGGCCCUACAUUUGUUUUCUCCAGGUUCCUUGGUAUAUUACCAAUCCAUAAGCAUUUUACACUAAAUUCUUCUCUGUUUGGAGUUUUUCAGGUCACACUGGUUCUAUGAAUUUAGGCUGAAAAUGCUAUCAGAAGCCUACAGUUACAAAUUCUCAGAAAUUUUGCCCCUUUGCCCCACAGUCAGUCAGACAAGUUUCCUUGUCCUCUUCUUUUAUGGAGAAGAUUUUCCUCAUUACUUCCAUGAGGAUGUGGCCCUCAAGUUCUAGGUUAGACAUUACCACAGAUUUCUCCAAGAUAGCUAGUGGCUUAGGUGCUGGCUUAUUUUCCAAGAUUCCUGCUCCAGUUUCCUUUUUGGCCUCUAGAAAUUUCCAUUACAUUCUAACCAUCUCAGACAUUAAUUUAAAAGAUGUUAUUUAUAUUUUCCCAGAAUUUUUGGUUUUUCCAGAUAUAAAGUCCAGAAAGAGAAGUCAUCGUGUCAUUUGCCCCUAUAUCCUGCUUGUUUAAUUUUUCAAGUUUCAAUGAAAAAUAACCACCUGGCCUUUUUACAAAUCGCUGAGUUGCUUAUAAGUUCCUAGUUAUCCUAAACAUAUCUCUUCUAUAUUUUUUCACAAACCUGCCCAUGUUUUCUCCUUGGCGGGGGGGGGGAUAGGAAUGAUUGUCAUGUUCUUUUGUUUAAGGGAACCAAAUUGAAAUUAUCAUAUGUAGAAAAAUCAUGAAUUCUUACAUUUUGGGACAGAAAUAUAAAAAGUACACUUUCUUAAGAAUACCAUCAGCACAGGAUUACCAUACUUAUUAAAUAGUGGAAAUUAUUUUCCACUCUAUUUUUGGUUUUUUUCUUUUUAAAUUUUAAAAUUUUAUGUCUUAUUUUAUUGAGAUAUAAUUGACAUACAGCACUGCCGGAGUUUAAGGUACACAACAUGAUUUAAGUUACACAGAUCAUGAAACGAUUACCACAGAAAGUUUAGUGAACAUCCAUCAUCUCAUCUAGACACAACAUUAAAGAAAUAGAAAAAAAAUUUUUUCUUUGUGAUAAGAACUCUUAGGAUUUACUCUCUUAACUUCCAUUUAUAACAUACAGCAGUAUUAAUCAUCUUUAUCAUAUCAUAUAUCAUAUCACUAGUACUUAUUUAUCUUAUAACUGGAAGUUUGACUACCUUCACCUAAUUCUACCUUCCCCACCCAACAUUUCCACUCACUUUAUGGAGUAAAACUGACACACCAACUUCAAAUUGUUAUACUCCUUCUGGUAGUGAGGACUGGGAUGAGCUGUCUACUUCAAUGGCUGAUCCCACUGCAUACCUGCUUGAUGAGUGGCUCAGCCAAUAUAUGUAAUAAAUGAGUUGUAAUGAAAUAGAGCUGUGUCUAAAACAAACAAAUGCUAAAAAACAAGAAAACACACACAUAAAACCUGUCCCCACUGAUGGAAGACACUAGUGACUAUGAACCCUGCCUUAUGCAACUAAACUAAGAGAUUCAGAAAACAGGUCCUGGAGAAAAAGAGAGCAAUAGAA